GUUUUUUUUCCGGCGGCGCGAAGCUUUUGCCAUGGAAGAGAUCCGCUGGCGAUGGAAAGGCGACAGCUUUCGCAAAGUCCUCGCGGCAGACAGCUACUGCCAGGCGGUGGACAAGCUUCGGACACUGAAGAGAAGGCAUCCUGGAAGAGCCAUCCGCCUGGAAAUCCAAGGGACCACGUCAUCCAACAACAAAGGCGCAGCCAGGAAGGAGCUUCCCUUUGAGAGCGUGGAGGCCGGCAUCUCCUACUUGCAGCUCAAGGCAGAUGAGGAGGCGGCGGCGAAGCGCAAGUUAGGCUCAGCAGCUGUUCCGGCCACAGCGCUGAAGGCGCUGCAGUGCCCAGAUGGCCACCCCAUCACUCGGAGGGGGGAGCCGGCGAAAUUCUUCCAGGACAAGAGGACCUGCCACGUGUGCGGCACCGGCAUCGGUUCCGUGUCCACGUUCUGGCGAUGCACCAAGAACUGCAAGUACAACGUGUGUCACCAAUGCUUGCAGAGUGCCGCCCAAGACGCCGGCCAAGCCCAGCUCGAAGUCCCCCGAAGCGAGGCGCCCAGCGAGAGCAUCGAGAGCGACGUCUUUGCGCUGGAGCACACGGUGUAUUUCGAGGGCCGGGGCCGGCUCUGGGCCUUCAGCUUGCAGCUGGACUUUGGGCCGCAGCUGGCGGAGCUGCGGAGCUGCUUCCAGGCGCCCGACGCAGUGCUCUUGCGCUGCGACGGGGAGGUGGAGGUAAUCAGCUCCCUGCAGCAGCUGCAGGCGCCGGAUUUGAGCGCGCUGCAUCUGGAGGAGCCACAGCCACUGCUGGCGAGGGUGCUGGCGGAGCCGAAUCUCAGGC